UACAAGAAAGUGUGUACAAGUAAGUAUUUGGCUUAAAAAGUUAUUACAUAUUUAUUUUUAUUGGUAAAAAAUAUCAAAUUACCAUUAUGUUUUUAAACUGAUUAUUGAUAAUAAUGUGGAUAUUAGAUAACUGGCAAUGCAGUUUCUAAUAUCCACAUGUUAUGCCAGUCAAGUCAAUCAAAAACAACAAAUUCAAUGAAACCGAACUCAGUCACAUGCAACCAAAUUUAAUGUACAAAUGAACUAAGUCAAUCAAUUUAAUUUGGUAAACCAUCUUGUACAUUUUUUUGUAUGCGAAUGAAGUACAGUAUAGCAUCGAUUAUCUGAAAUAAUGAUGAUUGGACAUUUUUGGAUACAUGAUUUUUUUGAAUAACCAAGAAUACUUGGUAGAGAAAGAAUGAAACAUAUAUAAUCUUACAUAAAAUAAAAUAUAUUUUUAAAUUCUAAUUCAAUAAUAAAAGAAAGAUUAAGACAUAGAAAUGUAAUGCUUUAGAAACCUGUGACAGGUCAAUAGUGGACUUACAUAAGACUAUUGACAAUCAUUAUUACAAAAAUUUUAUAAUUUUUGGAAUUAAUAUUGUCUAAAGUCGAUUAAUUAGCUUUCGGAUAAUCGAUGGUUUACCGUUAAGCCAAAACUUUUAAUUAUUUAUAGCAAAAUUUAUUUAUUUUUUCAGUGGGAAGUUAUAUUUCAACAAUUAUCAGACAUGUUUAACACUGUAUUAAUGGACAUAAUUGUUUACCAAGUGAACUGUAUAAAUUACCUCCUCAAUCAAAGCAAAAAAAGAUCGAAGAUGCCGUUAUAUAUUCUGGACCAGUGAUAAUUUUUAUUUCAAGUAUCUUAAAACAGAAAAGACCUUUGUCUGUGAUAUGUUACGAGUUGAUAUAUAAUGUUUGCACCCAUCGAUAGCGAAAUGAAUAAAUCCACCGAACGCAGGUAGUUGGAAGACCAAUUACUGAUGCUCACUUUCAAUGGUUUCCGGGUUUGUGCCCAAACAGUGAGCUGACUGCAUGGAGUUUUCUGGGUUUUCUUCAUAUAUCUAACACCUAAAUAGAGACCAAUUUUCCAUAAGUCUUCAUGGGAGGCAUUCUCUCUUGGUAGAUAAUCUGAUUGACUAAAGAUAACUGGCUAAAUUCCUACGAUAAUUUAACCGGAAAAGAAUUGCAGAAUGUCUAUUUGGGACCACCGAGCCGCUAUAGAUUCAAACAUGUCGAGUGGGAGACGCACGGGGAAAAUAUCGUAAUCACUUCAAUACAAAAUCAAGUACAGGUUCAGGGGACGAGGCCAAGAGUUUUGGUUGCAAUUGCUCUUAUGUCAGUUUUUCCGUUAGAAUUUAUCGCUUUGACAGAAAUUGACAGAAAGAUCUUCGGUAACAAAUGCAAUCACGUUAAUGUAUCGGAAGGAUUGUUAAUUGUGGGUUACGGAAGCGCUUCUAAUGGUACAAUACAACUUUAUAAUUUUAGGCAGUUGAUCAAGGAUGGGAUUCUUUAUAAAGCUGAAUUAAACAAACCUUGCCAGGAAUUUGAUGGCCAGGUUGUAGGAUGUUAUCCCGCCGGAUUACCUCUAAAUUGCAAAAUUAGAACUGCACCUCCCAUACUCUUCGAAGUCAAGUGUUCUGAUUUCAAUCUUCACAUUGGAGGGCAUCCCUGGCAUUACGUGACCACACCACCCAGAAGAGAAGGUGUUUUUCAGAUUUGUUCUCUGGCUGAUCACACCAUGGCAGAAAAUGGAUGCCUGGAUUUUCCCAAUGUCAGCACCGAAGCGGAUUCUGUGGCUUUCCAUUCUGACGAUUCCGGUCGAUUGGUGUAUCACGCUGCUCAUUCCAUCAGAUUUUACAAAUUGAAUGAAAAUACAAAUGGUUCAAUGAGUCUGACAGAAUGUCUGACCAUUGACUUGGAAGAAAAUGAGAAAAUUGUUAGAGAGACUUUUAGCCAGAGGAGGACGCAGAGAAUCAUAAAGAAGAAAUUUAAUUUGGAUGCCAUAAUGGCUUGCGAGAAAAGCAUCCUGUCGGACGACUACGAGAACGAGUUGGACGUGUACGCGGUGGCGGGAUUCGCUCCCGGAGACGACCUUCACAACGGAAAAAUAGUGCUGUACGACAACGAGACGGGCCACAAAAUCAAGACCGUUCGUCUGGACAUGAAAAUGGACGAGCUUUCAGACUACACCCUGACCAUGGACCUGGAAACCUUCAUUUUGUUGGUGAAGAAUAAAAUCUCUCAGUACAGUUGCUACAUCUACAGAUUAGAAUCUCUGCCCGGGAAGAAUGCGCCCAGAGGUAAAGGCAAAAAGAGCCACCAAAGAACGUCCUGAUAUUCCGUGCCCUACGCAAACUGCCUCGCGGGUUUCGACCUUUUAACCCAGCUCAAAUUAUGAAGUAGGGAAUGAAACGGUUGCGCCUUACUUAAAGAUUGAUCACUGCCACUUCGUUCGGGUUUCGUGCCGCGUCUGCAGUUUUUAUUAUUAUUCUUAUUGUGUAAUACAGUGAUUCUCAACCACUGUGCUGCGAGAUUUUUUAAGUGUGCCGCCACUGGGAAUACCCACACACAAACCACGUAAAACAAAUAGUUCAAUCGGUUCUACCUUCCUAAGGAACGUUUGAAAAUUGUAACCAGUGUUACCAGUAACUGCCGCUAGUUACCAAGGGGUUUAGAAAAUGUGACGUAAAUAACGAACGGCAUUUAAAAAUCACAAUUAUGACGCCACCGGUUGUCCUGCGUUACUUGCAGAAGUAAACGUGGAUGCCGCCAAGAUUUUAAAUUAUUAAAAGUGUAAUGUGACGAAAAAAAGGUUGAGAAUCAC